AUGAAUGUUUUCCAAGUCAACUUAUAUGCAAAGGGUCUAUGCCAAAAUCUUUUGAGGAUUUCUCCUCUGCUAGAGCUUCCAUGGAUGCAAUUGAAACUACCCAGGACAUCCCAACACAUAUGGACAGUCAGGCCAUGGCCUACAGUACCUACAAAAGUCGACAUACUGUUAAAGCAGUGACUUGUGUGGCUCCAAACGGUGCACUUACAUUUUGCUCUAAGCUGUAUCCAGGUUCUACUUCUGAUGUAGCUAUUGUACGCCACAGCCAAGGCCUACAAAAGUUUAAAGCUGGAGACCUUAUUUUGGCCGACAAAGGUUUCACCAAUCAUGAUCAGUUGCCCCAAGGUGUCUGUUUAAAUAUACCAGCUUUUUUAUCGACACGAGGCCAGUUUACCAAACAAGAAGCAGCACUGUGUUACAAGAUUGCUAAAGCAUGCAUUCAUGUGGAAAGAGCCAACGAGAGGAUAAAGAACUAUGAGAUUCUUCGUCACAUCCCAUCUACCUACAGACCAAUCUCAACAAAAAUAUUUCAACUCUGUUCUUGUCUUGUAAUCUUGCAAGCUCCACUUUUGAAAGAAAUUGCUUAAAGAAUUACAUAUUAUA